AUGUUAUCAACGACUUCAAUUCCUUCAUCACCAGCACCAUGCUAUCAGCCAGGUCAUACCACUUCCUCAUCUACAAGGAACAAAUCAUCUUUAUUACAAGUACCUUUAUCUCAUACCUCAACACCAUUAUCUCCUUUACGAAGAGUAGUCUCAGCACCUGAUACCACAGCUUUGAAUCAAACUAUUUCACAGUCUACACCAGCACCUCAUUCAACGAGUUCAAGUUCGUCGUCCAGUUCUACCACAACUAGAACAUCAUCUUACACUGUACAAAAGCAUGAAGCCAAAGUAGAUUCUUCACAUUUCAAAAAGAUUCGAUUACUUGGAAAAGGCGACGUUGGUAGAGUUUAUCUUGUACAAGAAAAUAAUACCAAAGAAUUAUAUGCUCUCAAAGUGUUAUCCAAAAAAGAAAUGGUGAAACGUAACAAGAUCAAAAGAGUUAUGGCAGAACAAGCUAUUCUUUCUAUGGCUCAUCAUCCAUUCAUUGUACCUUUACAUCACUCAUUUCAAAGCAAGGAUUAUCUUUUCUUUUGUUUGGAAUAUUGUGUAGGUGGGGAAUUCUUUCGAGCGUUACAACAACGACCAGGAAAAGUGUUAAAAGAACAAGAAGCUCGAUUCUAUGCUGCCGAAGUCAUUGCCGCUCUUGAAUAUCUUCAUUUGCAUGGAUUGAUUUAUAGGGAUCUUAAACCUGAAAAUAUCCUUCUUCAUCAAAGUGGCCAUCUUAUGUUAUCUGAUUUUGAUCUAUCGGUUCAAUCUCCUACUGCAGGAUCGCCUACUAUAAUUCGGACAACUUCUCCUCUGAUGUUUUAUCAACAACCAUUAUUAGAUACAAGAUCAUGCUCCAAUGUACGAACCAAUUCAUUUGUUGGAACCGAAGAAUAUAUUGCACCAGAAGUAAUCAAAGGUUGUGGUCAUUCAAGUACUGUGGAUUGGUGGACAUUAGGAAUAUUACUUUACGAAAUGCUUUAUGGAUUCACACCAUUUAAAGGAUCUAAUCGCAAUGAUACUUUUGAUCGGAUCAUGACACAAACAUUGGACUUUCCAAAUUUUGCUACCAACCCAUAUUAUCAAGGACCUGAAAUUACCAAUGGAUGCAAAUCUUGUAUGCGGAAACUAUUGCACAAGAAUGAAAACAAACGAUUGGGUGCACGGGCAGGAGCAAGUGAAGUCAAAUCUCAUGCAUUCUUCAAACCUAUCAAUUUUGCCUUACUUCGUCAUAUGCGACCUCCUAUUUUACCUUCCCAAAAAGCCAAACCGAUCGAUGCUGUUCAUUUCAAGCAUAUUAAAGAAAGUGUUAGUUUUGAUUUGGAAGCUGCUGGAAAAAUCACAACUACUACGGAUGAUGAUGAUAAGGAAUCUACUCUUGGUACUUCUGAUGAUGAUGAUGAUGAUGAUGACGAUGAUGGUAACAAUACUCCAGCUUCAUCUUCUAUUUCCUCGACCAAAUUAGAUGAUACUACUCAAGUGGAUCCUUUUGCUGAUUUUGAUUCAGGUAUAGUUAUUAUAUACUAA